CGCCUCGCAGCGUCGCGUCGCGACAUCCAACGUUUCAGCUGGGUAAUGGGCUUGCUGGUCCGCGGCGAUCCGCUGGUAACAGAAUUGGCGAAAAUUCUCGAUCGGCGAUUCGCGAGUCUCGCGAAUUCGUCAACCAGCAACACCGUCCGGGUGCGAUUGUAGGAGAGACGCGGUACCGGCGUGGUACAUCGGACGGCACAACCCCUCCCGGAGUUGUCUGGCGACAGGAGCACGCAGGAGAAAAGAAAAACAGCACACGAUCCCAACACGAUCAGUGACGUUCCGGCCCAGGUGCGUUACGUCAGGUGAGGAGCUGAUUCCGCUCAGCUGACUUUGAGCGGUGUCCUGCUACCAGCUGUCACGAUGAAGACGAGGUCAUUAACUCGCUGAUCGGGGCAUCACGGACGACCGACCGAAGAUGUCAGAGCCGACGGACAGUAGCAACCAGGUGGAACAGUGCGACAUAGUCCUGCCGAGACAAGGUCUGCUGUACCAGACGGACGCGUUGAACUACAUACUCUGCAAGCCGAAACUGAUCCCGCUGAAGUCGGUCACGUUGGAGAAGCUCGAGAGGAUGCAGCGGGACGCCGAGAUCAAGGUCAAGGAGGCGCAAGAGGCAGAGGGUAGUCUCGAUACCGCGAGCGCGGUAGCCCAAGAUCUGUAGGAUUUCAGGGGCCGUCA